UAGAGUUUUGUUAUUAAAUUUUAGAAUUAUUUGUUUAAAAAAUGGCUUGCAGAUUAUGUUUAAAAGAUAUAAGUGACAAAAUAUCUAUACCAUUGUUUGUCGAAAAUAGCAAUACUCAAACAGAAAUACAUAAAAUGAUUACAAAUUUUUUUGAUUUCACUAUUUCGUAUGACGAUGUUAAGUCAACGAAUAUUUGCGAAGAUUGUGCUAAUAAAAUAAAAGCAUUUGAAAACUGGCGUCAGUAUAUUCAGAAUCAACAAAAUAGUUUGCAAAAUGUGUUUGUUGAAGUAAAUUGUUGUUCCAAUACAAAAACUGAAGAACUCGAAGACAUCGCGAACCCAAAAAUAGAAGAUUUUUAUUCUGAUGACGAUUUUGACGUUGUUAACUGCAAUACUUUUUUAAGUGAUGAUGAACAUAAUUUAAUUAAUGAUUGCGUUAAAGAAAAACAUUAUGUGGGUAUUAAAGGCAACCUAAUUACCAAUAUUGAUGGGAACGACGAAUUGGAAGAAUAUAACAACAUAAAACUUGACUUAUUUUCAAGUGAUGACGAAGUUCCCUUACUAAAUUUUGUAUUGAGUAAAUCAAAAUUGAAAAAUUCUAAACAUGAGAAACGCAUUAAUACCAAUACUUUAUGUGAACCUAUUCCUUCAACUCAACAUAAUAAAAUUAAAAUCGUAGAAAGCUUUAUACAAUUAACAUGCGAUGUAUGCAAAAUUAGCGUUGAAUCCUACGACGCCUUACAAAGUCAUUUUAAUCUUCUCCACAACAUUCCUCCAUAUGUGAAGUGUUGCAGCAAAACAUAUACAAAACUUAAUCGCUUAGUUGAGCAUAUUGAAUGGCAUCAGAAUCCAGAGAAGUUUAAAUGUACUAUAUGUAAUAAGUUAACCAGUUCAAAGUCAUAUUUAGAAAAACAUAUCAAUUCUCAUAGUUUGAGAGAAAGGCCAAAACGAAAUUGUUCUAUUUGUAAUAAGGAAUAUCGAGGUAGCAAGUGUUAUAGAAGUCAUAACCUAGAGGAAAAAGAUAUAAUGGAAAUAAAUUGUGAUUUAUGUAAUAAAUGUUUUAUGACACCUCAACGUUUACGCCGGCAUAUCGAUUCAAUACAUAAUAACAUUUGCCCUUAUGUAUGUGAUAUAUGUGGAAAAAAAUAUAAAUUUAAACCCUCGUUUGAUAGACAUGUACUUGAACAUCAAGGAAUCGUAGAGCCUCCACAACAGUGUGAUAUAUGCAAUGAAUGGUUAAAAAACAAACAUAGCUUGCGAUUGCAUCGUUUUACACAUAUGGAUAUCAAUACGGAUUGUAAAAUUUGUGGGAGAACUUGUCCAAGUAGAACAGCUUUAUUACGUCAUGUAAAUUACUCACACAAAUUGCAAAAGAAUUUAUCCUGUAAUUACUGUGAUAGAACAUUCAAGCAAGAAAAAAAUUUAAAGGAACACAUGGCUAUACAUACUGGCCUGCAACUUUACUCUUGCCCGCAUUGUGCAAAGGAGUGUAGAUCGAAAUCCAAUAUGUAUGUCCACAUUAAACGCAAACAUGUUGAUGAGUGGUUGAAAUCUAAAAUUGCUAAAUCAAACAAUCCAAAUUUAAAAUAAUUUAUAGAUGUUAAGGUAUAUGUUAUGACAACUGACUACAUAUGUAUAUUAAAAGCCAACUUAACAAUA